CUCUCUCUCUCUGUCUCUCUGUCAAAAUCUUGUUUCUUUUUUGACUUUUAUAUUCCUACGUUUUAAUCUCAUUUGCAGCUUCCUUUGUUGAAUGAACUCACGCCAAACACCAAACCAGAAGGAAGGAACCCUUUAAAUAAAAAUUUAUUUCACUGCUUUUUUUUUUUUUGUUGGGGUUUUAGUCGGUUUCGAACCCUUCAAAACUCUCCAGUUUUAAACCUAAUGCACCAUUCCUUCCAAGUUUCUGAACUCCAACUGCUGUUUCCUGCAUUCUUUUUCUUACAUGUUUUAUCAACUUAUUUUCUCAUGUAAGUUUCAUCAAAUUUAUUCACAUUAAUUCUUUGUUGAAGGGUGCUUUUCCUUUUGUCUUUUCCAUGAUUUCAUGUAGCUUUGUUUGGUUGCUUGGAAAGUUUUAAGGGAAGCAAUGGGAAAAUGGGGUUGUGGGAUUUUAGUUUUCCUGGGCUUUCCUUUGCAGCAACCAUGUUUUUAGUUUUCUUUUUGUUUCUCCUGAUAAAAAAAAAGGGGAUCGUCUUUCUUGCAGGGAAAUUUCUGUUCAGUGUCAUUGAAGAGUUAGAUAAAAGUACUGUUGCUCAAGCUGGAACAUUCUAUAAAGGUAACAUUUUGGGUGACUCUGUCUCUGUAGUUUCCUUCUUUCUACACUUACAUAUAAAUGAUUUUGAAUAUAAUAUGUGGUUUAUAUGUAUUUUUGUAUCUGCAUGUAUAAACAUCACAUUGGAAUUUAAGGAUCUAGAUGCUCAGGAGUGAAUUUUAAGCUUCCCUGUGUAUUUGUGUGUCCUUUUUGUUUCCAUUUUACUGGAGCCGUUAUCUGCACUGAUGAAAAUGUCUCUAAAUUGUUUUGGGAGCUUAGCUGGAUGUUACACAAUUUUCAUUCCUUCUGUUUCUGCUUGUUUUGGAUUGGAUUCUUUUUAAAGUAUUAUCUAUAGAAUAAAUUCAAGUUAUUUAUAAUCAAUUCCAUGGCUAUAUUCUGAUCUUAAAUUAAUGAAACAGUUCAUAAGGAUUAAAAAGAAUCUGAAAUUCUUUUACUCUUUUUAAUUCAGACUAAUUCUUAACUCAAUUUAAGACAAUCAAUAGACAAAAGUUUACCAAGAAGUAAAAUAUUUUAAAAACCAAGAAUUAUUUUUAUUGCAGUUAAUUUAUUGAGGAACCAGGUUAGAAUGAUACAAAGUACUCUCGGAGAAAUUUAGAAAAUGAGAUAAACUCUAACCUUAAAAUCCAAAGUAGAAUACCAUUUCUGCAAUCUAUUACUAGUCUUUUGAUUUUUUAAGUCGGUGAGUCAUUUAUUAAAGAUAAGGUGACCCCAUGUGAUUUGCCUUUUUGAUUGUAGAAUAAGAAUUUCGGUAAUUAUUGAAAUAAGGUUGACAGGUAAGCUGAUAAAUGAUGAGUCAAUGCUUGCCAUAAACAAGGCGCUGCCGUGAAGAAAAAUAUUUUUUUCGACAAGACAUUUUCUUUUUUCUUUCAUUUUUCAUUUUUUUGGUUUUAUUUGAAAAGAUUUUAGUUUAAUUGUAGCAGAUAUCAUUAGAUUAGAUGAGGAUGAAGUAAAUAAUAUGGUAAAAUUUCAAAAAUAUAGUUCAUUUAUCUAUAUAUUUGUCCUGUCCAUACUCGAAAAAUAGAUAAGUGACUUAAUAAUCCUGCUGGAACCAAAUAAGUUAAAACAGACACGUUUCUAGUACAUUACUGAAAGGAAAUUAAUUCGAUUCCCUUAUGGGUUAAAAGAAUAUUUGUUACAUUAAAUUCCCUGUAUAGAGUUUAUCUGGAUACUUAAUUUGAAGAAAUCAAGUAGAGUGCAACUUGCAUAUAAAGGGCUAUGUAGGCCAUACAUCAAUGGGACAGAUUUUGUUAAGAGCUCAUCGGCGAGCAGCCUUAGGUAUGCUGAUUUUUUUAUUUGUGUGCCUUUCACUCUUAUAGUUGAUCUUUUUCAUUUACAUUUUAUAUUUUUCUUUUAAAUUUUCCCUUCCUUUUUGUCUUUUGUCAGUAGAUCAUAACAUGAACACAUGUUUUUUCUUCUUAUAUGAAGUUGGAUGUCCCAUUUUAUUAAUAAAUUUGGAUGUCUAAGUUGGAACAGAUGGCCCAACUUUUAAUGGGGUUUUUGUAUUCUGUUUGAGUGAUGCUUAGCCAUUAGAUAUUUUGAAGUUGCUUCAUAGUAUUCACCUAUGGUUAGUUUGCUUCUUCGGUAUGAUGCAAACCACUGUUUGUCCCGUUUUAUUUCUUUGCAACUUUAUUGACAUUAGAAAAUGCAUAUCCUGAUUAUUUGGUGGAAUAUUGGUAAUUUCAUUUGGAUGACUUUAAUCUGUUCGCUUUUCAUUACUACUCUUUUUUUACUUGUACAUAUUCAUUCUUCCAUUGACAUAUGCACAAUGUGCUUAUUUGAUGAUUUUGUUUUACUAGAAUUUUGAUCUUUACAUUUAAUAUCUAAUUAGAGACAAUGUCCCGUUUCCAGUGUCUGCUGAAAACCUGCUUGUUACAUAUAUAUUUUUGAGAUAAAAGAAUGAUCUUUAUGGUUCACUUGCAAUUAGAGAUAAUGCUAUGUUUUCUAAAUAUGGAAACUGCAUAUGGUACAUAGGAUUUUGAGAAAAAUAUAAAGGAUAUAAUGGGUUAAAAACCAGUAAGGUGAAGGUUAAUUAUCCAAAAAAAGAAAAGAAAAAAUCUGUAAGGGUUUCUAUGCUUGAAGUAUUACCCACUUCUUGGAAAUCUACGGCUUGAAAAAACCUGUAAGGGUUUCUAUGCUUGAAAUAUUACCCACUUGUUGGAAAUCUACGGGCUUUCUCCCUUAUUUUGCUUUCUUUUUCAACCUAGUUUGAGCUUAGGUCCUCUUGGUAUUUAUAGAUGUUAGGAAUGCAAAAUGGUCUAGUGACAUAAAGUUCUUGCUUGUUCCUUGCUAUAUCUCCUUCCAAAAUGAUGUUGAUUCUAGGGAUUAUGCAGUUGAAAUUACUUGUAUGUAUCUCUUUGAUGCCUGCCAGUAUAUUAAACCUGCAUGUAGGCCUACAAGGUCAUGGAUUGUUUUAGAUUUCUUGCUGGUUUCUUUUUUCUUGUUUCCUCUAAUUGUUUACAUUUUUGUUAAAUUUGUGGGUCAAAAUAUACCAUGCCUGGGUUGAGAUAAAGCCGUAAGCUGUCAUCUGGCCCCAAAGUUCUGCUGGUUUCUGCUCAGUUGGCUUGUGGGGAUGUGCAACAGCAAGGGCCACAUAAGUUAAUAGCACACGAUGAAAUGUAUAUAACAUAUGCUAAUCGUAUCUUUAACAAACUCUUAUAUUUGAUUUGGAAUGAAGCAUGAUGGACUGCGAAAUGCUUGAUAAGUCUCACAAGUAUUUCUUGUUCACUGCAUUAUGCUAAGAUUUGAAUAGGUAGCUGUGACAAAAAAUGGAACAUUCGAUUAUUAACAGCAUCUUUGAUAUCUUUUGGACUUUCUUAGUUUCAUAUUUAAAGGCUAGCCCUAUAUUUCCCAAAGUGAUAGAGUGUUCUUUUCCACUUUCUUGCAGUUAUUUGGUUCCCUAUAAUUCAACAUCCUUCUCAAAGUCUCUUCUGUAGGAAGGGCGUUACUCCAGCAUCAGUAACCGAUAGCGAGAGAAAAGAGUGUUCAGGGAAUGAUGGUAUCAAGAUCCAGCAUAAGCUUGUUGGACUUGGCAUCAGGGGACAUGUUUAAUUUCCCUCAAAGUCAUAGAAAAAUUCAUCGGGUUAUCACUGUUCCUGAAAUUAUUUCUAAGGUAGAUGGUAGCAGAAUCAAUGAUGGAGAUUUUGAUGCUCGCUCUUCUGAAAGCUGUGAAAAGAAAAUUAUCGUGGCAAAUUUUCUUCCAUUGCAUGCUCAAAAAGAUAUGAAAUCUGGUCGAUGGUCCUUUCAUUUUGAUGAGGAUUCUCUUUUGUUACAGAUGAAGGAUGGCUUUUCAUCUGAUACUGACGUUGUUUACGUGGGGUCCUUGAAGGUUGAUGUAGAUUCAAGUGAACAAGAUGAAGUUUCUCGGAGACUGUUAGAGGAAUUUAAUUGUGUGCCCACAUUUCUUCCUCCUGAACUUCAGAAAAAGUUCUACCAUGGGUUUUGUAAGCAACAUUUAUGGUCUCUUUUUCAUUACAUGCUACCCAUGUGCCCAGACUAUGGUAAUCGGUUUGACAGGUUGCUUUGGCAAGCUUAUCUUUCCGCUAAUAAGAUAUUUGCAGAUAAGGUCAUGGAGGUAAUAAAUCCUGAAGAGGAUUAUGUAUGGGUUCAUGACUAUCACCUUAUGGUUCUCCCAACAUUUUUGAGAAAACGAUUCUAUCGAAUUAAGCUUGGCUUUUUCCUUCACAGCCCAUUUCCUUCCUCAGAAAUAUACGGGACCCUGCCAGUCAGGGAUGAAAUUUUAAAAGCACUGCUUAAUGCAGAUUUGAUUGGUUUUCAUACAUUUGACUAUGCUCGCCACUUUCUCUCAUGCUGUCGCAGAAUGCUUGGCCUUGACUAUGAAUCCAAAAGAGGACACAUUGGACUUGAUUAUUUUGGUCGCACUGUCUAUGUAAAAAUUUUGCCUGUCGGGAUUCAUGUGGGUCGACUCCAAUCUGCACUAAAUCACCCAUCUUCUUCUACUAAGGUCAAAGAAAUUGUUGAGCAGUUCAACGGGAAGAAGCUUAUUGUUGGUGUUGAUGACAUGGACAUAUUUAAAGGCAUUAGUCUAAAAGUAUUAGCUAUGGAACAGCUUUUACAGCAGCAUACAGAGUUGCGAGGCAAAAUAGUCCUGGUUCAAAUUGUAAAUCCUGCAAGAAGUGCUGGGAAAGAUGUUGAGGAAGCAAAAAGGGAAACAUACGAGAGUACUAAAAGGAUAAAUGAUAUUUUUGGUUUUCCAGGAUAUGAACCAGUGGUCCUGAUUGAUCGUCGUGUCCCUUUCUAUGAGAAGACUGCUUAUUAUGCUUUGGCAGAAUGUUGCAUUGUAAAUGCAGUGAGAGAUGGGAUGAACCUAGUUCCAUACAAGUACAUUGUCUGUAGGCAGGGAACUUCCAAAAUGGAUGAAGCUUUGCAGAUUGCCUCUGGAUCUCCCCGUACAAGCAUGCUGGUUGUCUCAGAGUUUAUAGGUUGUUCACCAUCCCUAAGUGGGGCAAUCAGAGUUAACCCUUGGGACAUUGAUGCUGUAGCUGAUGCACUAAACAUGGCCAUCACACUGCCUGACAUGGAGAAGCAAUUACGGCAUGAGAAGCACUAUCGCUAUGUUAGUUCUCAUGAUGUGGCUUAUUGGGCCCGGAGUUUUGUGCAAGAUUUGGAGAGGGCAUGCAAAGAGCAUUACAGCAAACGUUGCUGGGGUAUUGGUUUUGGACUGAGUUUCAGGAUAUUGUCCCUUUCUCCAAGUUUUAGAAAACUUUCGAUAGAUCAUAUUGUCUCUGCUUAUAAAAGGACAUGCAGAAGGGCAAUAUUUUUGGAUUAUGAUGGGACACUGGUGCCCCAUGCUUCGAUUAUUAAAAGCCCCAGUCCUGAAGUUAUCUCAGUCCUGAAUAAUCUAUGCAGUGAUUCCAAGAACACUGUCUUUAUAGUUAGUGGUAGGGGGCGAAACUCCCUGAGUGACUGGUUUGCUCAAUGUGAGAAUCUAGGAUUAGCAGCUGAGCAUGGAUACUUCAUAAGGUGGAGUAGGAUGUUUGAUUGGGAAACCAUUCCAGUUGGUGCAGAUUUUGGUUGGAAAAGAAUUGCUGAACCGGUGAUGAAAUUGUAUAUGGAGGCAACUGAUGGCUCCUAUAUAGAGCCUAAGGAGAGUGCCUUAGUAUGGCACCAUCAAGAUGCUGACCCUGAUUUUGGAUCUUGUCAAGCGAAGGAAAUGUUGGAUCAUCUGGAAAAUGUCCUUGCCAAUGAGCCUGUUGUUGUUAAAAGAGGCCAGCAAAUUGUUGAAGUGAAGGCACAGGGAGUUACUAAAGGCUUUGUUGCAGAGAAAAUUAUUUCCACCAUGAUAAGUAAUGGAAAACCACCUGAUUUUGUCUUGUGCAUUGGUGAUGAUAGAUCUGAUGAAGACAUGUUUGAAAGCAUAUCAAAUACAGCUUACAGAUCAACUCUCCCUGUUCCUCCAGAAAUUUUUGCUUGCACUGUUGGUCAAAAACCAAGCAAAGCUAGGUAUUAUCUAGAUGAUACUGUUGACGUAUUAACAUUACUUCAAGGCUUGGCUGCUGCUUCAAGCUCAAAGUCAAGGAGCAACACAGAGACUCAAGUUUCUUUUGAAAAUUCUGUUUGAUACUUGGAAGGAUUUCGUUAUGCAUUAAAUUAGACUGGGUAGCAGAUUUGCAUGGAAUUGACUCGGUAUGGAUUUAGGUGGUUGAAAUAUAUUUUUUUUCUUUGACUUGGACGGAUCGUUGGUAUAAGAAUAGAUUCAUGGUGGCUUAUGGCCUGACACAGAUAUAAGAUAGAAAUGGAAACACAGAUGCUAGUGAUCAUGGUGAACUUGUAGGUGGCUCUGGGGAAAGCAAUCAGUGCAUAUUUACUGUCUCUAGAUAGUUUGAUAGCUGGUUGUUGGUUGGUGUAAGUAUUUUCGGACGCGGAGUUGAUACUUCUGAGGUUAUAUGUUGUCAUAGGUAGUCUUACUGACAUGACGGCAUUUUUAUUUUGUGUACAAAAACAGGUUUCUGUCAAAACAUGAAAUGCAUUCUGAAAAUGAAAUAUAUUGGAUUGGUCAAUUCUGCAA